AUGGCCGCCCGGAGCUUCAUCGUCCACAGCACCAUCAACAUCCAGACUCGGCCACGAGUUGUUCUGGUAACUGCAGCCUCGAGGUUCCCAUUUGGUCCCCCGCGGACAUCCAGGGAACGGGGAGGCCCGAAGAGACAACCGGCGCGCUCCAAAGCCGCCAUCAGGAACUCGAGAAGUGCCAGGUGGAAAGCGAUGUCCAAUUCGGAGAAGCAGCCGUACUACGAGGAGCAGUCGCGUCUAUCGAAGCUGCACAUGGAGAAGCACCCGGACUACAGAUACCGGCCACGGCCGAAGCGUACCUGCAUCGUGGACGGGAAGAAAAUGCGGAUCUCCGAGUACAAGACGCUGAUGCGGCAGCGGCGACAGGAAAUGAGGCAGCUCUGGUGUCGGGACAGCGGCCCGGAAAUGGGUUUCCUCUCUCCUGUUGGUUCGGACAUGAGCUCGCAGCAUCAUCCAGGCUCGGGAGCAGGUCCUUCGGCGAGGCCGUCGGUUUCUCCGCCUGCGACGAUGCUGAACGGCGGCGCAGCUGGUCCCAGCUCGGACCACCCUUCGUUCUACUACCCGCAGGACAGCCUGUCGCCGUCGGACAUGAUGAACUUCUCGCCGGAGAACUCUGGAUCGAUCGGCGGAUACGACGCCAGUCCGCGGCACCACGACGAGGAUUGAACCGCAGCUCCGGGUCAGCCGCCAUGGCCGCCCGGAGCUUCAUCGUCCACAGCACCAUCAACAUCCAGACUCGGCCACGAGUUGUUCUGGUAACUGCAGCCUCGAGGUUCCCAUUUGGUCCCCCGCGGACAUCCAGGGAACGGGGAGGCCCGAAGAGACAACCGGCGCGCUCCAAAGCCGCCAUCAGGAACUCGAGAAGUGAGAAGCCUCGCUCGAGAGGUUGUGAUAUAACGAUUCAUUACUGUGCCAUCGUACGACGAGGAGGAGGCUCUCCCGCGAACUGGAGCACCGCUUCCUGGACCCUGUGUCGCCUAUCGAGGUCCACGAGGAUCUCGAAGACGUCCUCGAGUCGGUAGCCCUCGGACAAUUCAUUGCUCGCGACCGAUCUCGAAGAGACUCAUGCCGAUCCCUACGAGCUACUUGGGGAAGCUCCCGGGGAAGAAUUGGGCGACACGCGUUCUGUUCUUCUGUGUAAUCAAAAGCCGCGAGUGCAGCGGCGGAACCUGCGAACGAUAUGGUCUGAUAGGUACUUUUCUAGAUACAAGGGUGCGCCUGGUGCAUCCACGCGCGCGUCUCGCGGGUGAUGUCCGGACGAAGCGCGACCCUAGGAUUAUACAUAAAUAAAUAAAUGAAUAAAAAACGAAAUAUAUACAUAUAUAUAUACGGACACACGCACAUUAUAUAUAUAUACAUAUAUAUACAUAUAUACGUACAUAUGUAUAUGUAUAUAUAUUAUACAUACCUGAUUUCUCGUAAGACUGCCAUGUGUGUCAAGUGUGACCGGACUCGGCUUGAUCGCGUCUCGAGGCCGCUUCAAACACACCGCUCGGCACGAUCGCGGUCGUGACGCGUAUAUGUAUGUAUUCUACAUGUAUGUGCGGGGUACUGUGCGCGGCCAAAAAGUCUUGUUCCUAUUCCUUCUAGUGUGUGUGUAUGUGUGUGCGCGCGCGCGUGUGCGUUCGCGAGAGACGAGGAGAGAAAAAGAGAAGCUGAUCCGUUCUGUCGCAUCUGACGGCGUGGUGGGCGAGUUCGUCUGGACGGGCCGUGGCCGCGAAUCGCUUCAUGGGGCACAGCUCUGGCUCCGAAGGCGCCGAGAUUCGCGCGGAACAAGCUAGAUUUUACUAUCGGCUUUUCCAAUCCGGGGGCGCCGACGCCCGCGUCCGCUCCAGACCGUCUAUUUUUUCCGUAUUGUCACGCUAUCACUGUAUUCGCACCAAAUUGGAGGGCGAGGGAGGGGCCAGAGAGCGAGAGGAAUCGAAAAACACUCGAUAGUACUUAUAGUAUUUUCGUCGUUAAUUUAUUCUAUCCCUAAUUGUAACGAGCGUGUCGACGGAAUCGUUUGGUGGCCGGAGAUCGUUCUGGAAGAUCUUGGGGGGAUCUAGACCUACCAACAGAGCCCGCUAAGACAGAGCGAAUACGAUGAGAAGAAUUUCGCUAAGAGGAGACCGGAGGACAGCGAGGAAUAGCGCCGUAUGCGGGCAAAGGGAAUAGGGGCACGCGCGACGUCAGUUUUUAGUACAAUGUUACUGUAAAGAGAGGGAAGUUACGGGGGAUUAGCGUUAUUUAUUGAAAGGAUACACGCGAACAAUCAAAUUCUAACGAGACGUUGUGUUUUGUUCUGUUUUGUUUUGUCGGAUGUCCGGACAACUGUUACGUUUGAUCCCGUCUUGUCGAGUCUGGGGGAGACUUCAUUUGAACAUGGUCACCAUGUUGGUUCGGUGCUAGGGGGAAAACAAGGGGCACCGCAAUAACGACGUGUGUACAGUGUCUCGCGAUUCGAAGGAGCGUGUGUGUAAUCGGACGGCAAUGAUUGGGAGCUCGAUGUGAUAAUAUUUAUGUGCCAAAUAGCGUUUUCGCGAGCCGGUGGCGGCUCCUGUGCAGAUCGAGAAAGAACGAGAGUGAGAGAAAGAGAGUGUGAAAGAGAAAGAAAGAAAGAAAAAAAGAGAGAGAGAAAGAGAGAGAGAGAGAGAGAGAGAGAGUAUGUGUCUGAAAGAGCAAGGCCAUCCGGUUCCGGGUCGCGGCGGAAGUUGGCUCGACGUUGAAGAGAACACGAUGAACUUUUACGUCUCUCCUUUUUCACCGUUUCUUUUUGUUAUUUAUAUAUAUUGUAAUCAGUGCAAUUCUAUACAAGGUACCUAAUAUAAUUUUAUAAAGAGAGCCAGUAUCCUCGAUGCAUCUGCGCCCGUGUUUUUUUUUUCUCGUUUUUCUUCGGGUCGGUUCGGUUCAAAAACGUACCGCGGCCGGCGCGGCGGCAGACACGAUAUAGCUUAAUGUUGAUAUAAUAAUUUAUUUUAUGUAUAUACAUGGAUUUGUACAAUUGUGUCGGCGGUACUUGGCCGAUCAGAACGGCCCGAUGCAAGAGAACGUGUCGAUACUAUUAAUGUACAGUGUAACUAUAUUGUGAUGUAUCCGCGUAGCGACAUUAUACCGAUGUAAUUAUCCCCCGAGACGAGGACACCGUAGAUUUAACGAUGUUAAAAUUUGCGAUUUACAUAUUCUUAUUUUUCAUGGUCAUUAUUACGUCUAUCGAUUAUCCUUUAAAUAUUAUUAUUAACUGUCAUCCAUUUUUAAUUUUAGCACUAUUAUUAUCGCUAUUCUUAUGAUUAUUUUUCUCUCUUUUCUUUCUGUUUCUUUUUUUUUUUUUAAUAUCCUUAUUACGCAUAGCAAUAGAGGUUGUACGUGCCAGUUCAGACGACGACGACGCUGAUGAAGUUCGUUGGUCGUUCGCGCGCUCGAAUACUCAAAUUUCCGCGUCGCGUCGUUUAUGCAAUCGGACACUUUACUUACCUUGUGUUCAACGAUGAGGAAAUCGCUCCCAGAAACACAGAUUUACACUGGAAACUACUGCACCUGCUCGAAAUUCGACCACUUCUUUUUUCCUUCUUCUUCGUAGCCGGUUCAAUCCCAUUUGAUCCAUAGCUCAAGUCGUAUUCGGUCCACCAGCGAAACAAUGACGACUAAUUAGUUGACAUCAAAUCGAAGGAAGGGUCGACUCGAAACAAUUCUCAUUCUCAUAUCCUCUCAUUUGAUACCUGUGCUUACAAAAAAUUAUAUAUAAUUAGAAAAAAGCUGAUCUACUACCGGUGACCAUUGGUCAUCCCUUAAAAAUAAGAAAUUUGGUCGAGUAAUAUAGUUGAGGAUUUUUAUUUCAUUAAACCGGCAAAAUUAGCAUUUUUAUUUAGUAGAAAAUGAUUAAGCUCCAACAGCAAGUCAACUAACAGCAGCCAUUGAGAGUCCUGUUAGCAGACUUUCGGUUGCUGAAGCGUUAACAAAAAUAAUUCUAAGACCAUGCUAGAACUGACAGGAAAGAACAUAAGUGAUUACGAAGCCUAGGUAAAAUCUUACAAUCGAAUCGAUUCUUUCUUCGAACGAAAACUGCAUCGUUUCCUAUUGUGCCAUAUCUUUGUGAUCACCGGAAACCAAUUUUCUCCACAGUCCUCUUCAGCUUCAAGUCACGGAAAGUAAAUUCGGAAUCGCGUGCGUAGACUCGGCUCGUGCCUUCCUCGUUUUCAAUUCUUUCGAAAUUUGUUCAGCGUGGUGUUUGCUUUAGAAUUAAUCUCAGUUCUGCAUUCCAUGGAUCGUGAUCCAGCGAUCCUCAUAACGGAAGAUCGCAUCGGUUCUCUUUCCAAGAAAAUUCUAGCGCGAGUUACCUCUCUCUGGCCCCUGUUUCAUGAAUUAAUUUCUUCCUUAUUUCUUUUUGCCUUUUCUUCUUCGAUUCAUUUUCUUUUCUUCUCUUGUAGAGACAAACAUUUCGCGAUUAAUGCACUCGCUGUGCAAGUUCGAUCGGCUCUUGAGAAACCGCAACCAUGCGCGAAUGCGAACUGUACGAAUAGUAAAUUGUAAAACGACUACAUAAACUAAUAUUAUAGUAAUAUCUAACGUAACAAACAAAAAAAAAAAGAAUGGUGAACACUAACAUCCAAUCUCAAUAUUCCAAGAAUUCACUUCAUUUACAUGUACGUUGUUGUUAAUGGUAUGAACAAAAAAAAAAGUAUAAUAAAAUAACGCUUUACCGAAAUUCAAUCUUAGUUUUAGGUAUACAACGUUAUUUCUAGAAGAAACUUGUAUGUACGUGCCGUGUACAUAGUUUAUCCAUUAACGGUGAACAUGAGAGAAGGACAAAAGAAAAUCGAGAAAGAGAGAGAGAGAUAGAAGCGUGUACGUGUGUGUGUGUGUGUGUGUGAACGAUAAUGAGAGAAAGAAAGAGUAUAAAAAUCAGUCAAAAUGCAUGUUUGAAUGCGAAUUACAUUCUCGCGGUCGUCUCAUCACUACCGUCGUCAGUGCACGUUAAUUAAUCGGUGUCUCGAUAGCGUACAAUCAAAAUAUUGUAUUUUAAGAUCAGUGAGAUACCAUCACUGUCCACGGUAUCCGCUUUUUAAUUAACACGAUCGACAAGCGUUUCGCGGAGGAACCCAUUUCCGGUAGUGUUAAGACGAACGUAAAACAAGCAUAUAAUAGGAACAAAGGGAAAAUCAUACUUGGAAGUAAAGCAUACAUAAAUUGGUAGCAGCACACCGCGAAACACACGAUAUUAACGAUCAUUCUGUAUAAGGGAAUUACGUUCUGAUAGGGAAUCCCCGAUAGCAUUUGCAGAGUUCGACUUAUUUUACUGAUCCAUAAGGCACCUUAAGCUGGCUGUGAUUCAUAACUCUAACGAUUCUGUUUCUAAUCCACUAACACCCCCCAUUGUUCAUACUGCAUACAUCAAAAUAAUGUGUACAAUUAAAUGCGGAAGCAUCGACAACACGAAUGUCUUCUCUGGCGGUGUGCGCGUGCAUCUACCAAGAUCAUUUUCCCUCAUAGAUAGCGACAUCAAAUGCACUGUAUCACAUAGAAGAGCAGCACUAUUAUAAACAUAGAUAUAUGAUUAUAUUUAUUAUAAUAAUUUGAGAGUUAGGUAUUCUUUGUUGUUUGUAUUUUACAAGCGUAACCAUUAUUAUACAUAAAUAAAUAACUAUAUAAAUGAAUGAAA